GUGAUCAUGCCUGAACCGGCCAAGUCAGCUCCAGCUCCCAAGAAGGGCUCCAAAAAGGCGGUGACCAAGGCGCAGAAGAAGGAUGGCAAGAAGCGAAAGCGCAGCCGCAAAGAGAGCUAUUCCGUGUACGUGUACAAGGUGUUGAAGCAGGUUCACCCUGACACCGGCAUCUCCUCCAAGGCCAUGGGCAUCAUGAACUCCUUCGUCAACGACAUUUUCGAGCGCAUAGCUGGUGAAGCCUCACGCCUGGCGCAUUACAACAAACGCUCGACCAUCACCUCCAGGGAGAUCCAAACAGCUGUGCGCCUGCUGCUGCCGGGGGAGCUGGCCAAGCACGCCGUGUCCGAGGGCACCAAGGCCGUAACCAAGUACACGAGCGCCAAGUAAAUUUACCAAGCAAACGCCUGUGCCUCGAACCCCAAAAGGCUCUUUUAAG